UCUCGUCAUUAUGGAAGACGGCUUCAAACGGAGCCCAGCGGUGCUACGCAGUUGGGCAGACACACAGUCGUGCGACAGUACUAUGACGGGUUUCCCGUUCCACCAGCGAGCAGCAGGCACCUCUGAUCCUCAGACGGAUAUGUUGAAUCCCUUCGGCCUGGAGGGUGGAGGCCACAUGGGUCAUAUCAAGCUGAGUCCUGGUCAUCAGACAAAUCCUCUACACCACCAACAGUUCACACACCAGCAGAAUGGAUACGGACAUGUGCCCACCGCCGGCUACCCCAGGGACUAUCUCCUCCGACGCGAUCACAUGCAGACUUUCACGGAUACAUUUGGGACGACCACCGGACCUCUGCAUCCGGACACUUCCCAUAUGUUGUUCACAGGCAUGGUUCCAGACCCCCAUCACCACCAUGCUCAGAUGCGGUUGCAGCUUCCGGGUACGGACAUGUACGGUAGGACGGAUGGCUUUAAUCACACGCAUCAUCACCAUCAUCAGAUGGCCAGAUCGGACCCUUUCUCGACCUCUUACCACCACCACCACCCACACCACAUCGCCCCUCCAGCGGGGGCAUUCUUCAGGUACAUGAGAAACCCUAUUAAGCAUGAGAUGACAUGCCUAUGGAUUGACCCCGAUCAGGGGAUCCCCAAGAAGCCAUGCAACAAAGUGUUCACUUCCAUGCACGAAAUCGUGUCUCACAUAGCGGUGGAACACGUAGGCGGGCCGGAAUGCACAAAUCACACAUGCAGCUGGCAGGACUGUCCGAGGAACGGACGACCUUUCAAAGCCAAAUACAAACUCGUCAACCACAUUCGUGUACACACAGGAGAAAAACCGUUCCCCUGUCCCUUUCCCGGUUGUGGGAAAGUGUUCGCUAGGAGUGAAAACCUCAAGAUCCAUAAAAGAACUCAUACAGGUGAGAAGCCCUUCAAAUGCGAAUACGAAGGUUGUGAUCGCAGAUUUGCCAAUAGUUCUGAUCGAAAAAAGCAUUCUCAUGUCCAUACAAGUGAUAAACCAUACAACUGCAAAAUCAGAGGUUGUGACAAAAGUUACACGCAUCCCUCUUCUCUCAGGAAACAUAUGAAAGUCCACGGUGGCAGCGGCAAGAGCCCUCCUCCCCCAACUCCAAAUGGGAGCACGUCAGGAUCAGGAUAUGACAGUGACAAUGGUACGACACAAGCAAACCUCAGCGAGUGGUAUGUAUGCCAAUCAGCGAUGCCAACGCCACCAAGCAAUGAACAUUCCCCAGUCAGCAAUGUACCAGGCACAAUGGGUCUGACUACUCACCCAUCUCUCCAUGCCCCGGUCUUCUGACAUAACAUCGGACUUACAGAUAUUCAUUGGUCAUUGUAAAUAACAUAAGAGAAACAUGCCAUGGCGUUGGCAUGAACUGAGUGUAAAGUUUUUAGCGUUUGAAAAUGGUGAACAACGUCUUCCUAAAGUCCAGUAUAAUACACGAUGUUCAUAAUUAAUAUUAAUCUUAUUUAUUCAUUAAAAUUAUGUAAUAGACAUAGCAUUGUGUUAUAGAUUCCAUGCAUGAUUUUAUCUUUUAAAUUAAUAUUAAUUGUGAUACAUUUCCUAUUCUAACAAUGCAGCUGUCGAUCACCGAUAUGAAGUACUACUAGUCAAUGAAUUUUGUAAUAUUUUUGUACCUGUUGGAUAGAUUAUCUUUGCAUUUAUUU